AUGCAGGAAAGCUACCUACAGGAAUUGUUCGCCGAGCGCAUCGGCGGCAGAAACUACGGCAAAGACACGGCGGUGUAUAAAUUCGAGAAGAUCCGCCGCGCCCGCGACGCCGCCGUCGCGGCGCGUCCCGACCUGGCGUUGAUCGACAUGGGCGUUGGCGAGCCGGACGGCAUGGCCUAUCCAGGCGUCGUUAACGCGCUGAGCGAGCAGGCAGCGAUGCCCGAAAACCGCGGCUAUUCCGACAACGGCCUGCCGGAGUUCAAAGAGGCCGUCGCGCAGUACAUGGCGCGCGUGUACGGCGUGGACCUUGACCCGGCCAGCGAGAUCACCCACGCCGUCGGCGCCAAGAACGCCCUGGCUUUCCUGCCAACGUGCUUCAUUAACCCGGGCGACGCCGUCAUUACGACCGCUCCGGGCUACCCGGUCCUCGGCACCCACUGCCGCUGGUACGGCGGCGACGUUUACACCCUGCCGCUGUUGGAGGAGAACGCUUACCUACCCGACCUCAGCAGUCUGACAGACGAGCAGUUGGCAAAGGCCAAAAUCCUCCUCUUCAACUACCCGAACAACCCGACCGGCGCGGUGGCGACCCCCGAAUUCUUCGAAGAAGUCGUGGCCUUCGCCAAGCAGCACAAACUACUGGUGGUGCAGGAUGCCGCCUACGCCGCCCUGGUAUUCGAGGGCCAGCCGUUGAGUUUUCUCUCCAUUCCGGGCGCGAAGGAGGUGGGGGUGGAAAUCCACAGCAUGUCCAAGGCCUUCAACAUGACGGGAUGGCGCCUGGCCUGGAUUUGCGGCAACGAAUUGGCGGUGCGGGCGUUCGCCGACACCAAGGACAACUUCGACUCCGGCCAAUUCAAGGCCAUCCAGAUGGCGUCCACGUACGCCUUGCAGCACCCCGAAAUCACCGAGGAAAUCGCCGACAAGUACAACCGUCGCCUGGCGAUGCUGGCAGAUGCCCUCAGCACUAUGGGCUUCGAGGCGAAAAAACCGGCAGCCUCUUUCUUCCUGUACGUUCGGGCGCCUCGGGGCGUCGUGGGCGGUCAGCGGUUCGACACCGGGGAGGAUUUCUCGCAGUUUCUCAUCCGCGAGAAGCUGAUCUGCGCCGUGCCGUGGGACGACGCCGGGGCGUAUAUUCGGUUCUCGGUGACAUUCCAGGCCGCCUCGCUGGAGGAAGAGAAGGACAUCGUGCGCGAGAUCGGCGCGCGCCUGUCGGACGUGCCGUUCGAGUUUUAG